AUGGAACCAAACCGUGCCUGGCACGAUCCAGUUGUUGAAAUCUACAGCAACCUCAUAACGCCUGGGGUACGAUGCUCUGCAGCGGGAUACGAUCUAGCAAAUCGUCGCUGGUACUGCCUCAAGGUCGAAGCAGACAUAGAAGAUGAUCGAUGGCUAUCAUCGAAAAUCACAGACCAUCUUCGACGGUAUUACGACGCAAACCAGAAGACACCGCCGUGGAAUACCAUCCGGAUGGAUGCAAAGGGAAUCACGGCCACGUUUGACUGCCAACCAGAUAACGAAGUCGAGAGGCCAAUACAAAAGUCACUCACCUAUGGGGACAAGGAAACUGACAGCUUACCAACUACAGCCGUUGACAAUCUAAAGGACUUGACAUACAUUAGUCGCUCAGCAGACCGGUGUACCUGGGAUGGCUAA